UAGUAAUUCUCAUGGGCAGGAAAGUAAAACGAAACCUAGUUUUCGUCUAGCUAUUUGCACUAUUUGCUCUUCAUUCAAAACCGUGCAGGACAUUUCUCUAAGACCAUCAACAAUGACUUUAAAGUCUUGGAACUCAUCUUUCUCUACAAUACUACUGAUGCUUUGUAUAAUUGUUGCCGCUAUUUCAAUAGGAAUUCAGUAUAAGUGGACAAAUGUCAUAAAAGGUAUUUCAAGCAACAAAAACAGGAUCUUCAAGCAACAAAAACAGGAUUUGGAUGAUAUAGUGCAUCAUCCUGGUGAGCCGCUUCGGAUACUUUUGGUUGGAAAAACAGGUGUGGGGAAAAGUGCAACAGGCAACACUAUCCUGGGGGAAAAGGUUUUUAAAUCUGAGAUAUCAUCCUCCUCUGUGACCGGAGAGUGUGAAAAAUUGUAUGCAAUUAUAAAUGGCAGAAAUGUAUACGUCAUUGACUCUCCAGGUCUGUUUGACACCAGCCUGACUUCAGAGGAAGUGGUCAACAGAAUGAAACGCUGUAUCCCUCGCUCUGCUCCUGGUCCACAUGUCUUCUUAGUUGUGAUACAGUUGGGCAGAUUCACAGAUGAAGAAGCAGAAGCUGUUAGAAUCAUUCAAGCUGUUUUUGGUGAGGAGUCCUUCAAUUACACCAUGGUACUGUUCACUCAUGGAGAUCGACUGGAGGGCAAAAACAUUCACACAUUUGUGCGGGACAACCCAAAACUGCUCAGUUUCAUCAAAACAUGCAGUGGACGAUACCAUGUGUUCAACAAUAAAGAACAAAACCCUGAACAGGUAAUUCAGUUGCUCGACCAGAUUGAUAAAAUGGUCACUGGGAAUGGUGGUCAAUACUACACCAGUGAGAUGCUUGAAAGGGCUGAGAGAGCGAUUGAGGAAGAGAAACAACGUAUCCUGAAGGAGAAUGAGGAGCAGAGACAGAGGGAGAUAAAAGCUCUGAGGGCUCAACUUGAAGAUGAGGCCUAUGAAAAAGCACUAAAAAUGUUAAACAAUAAUAAAUGACCAGCUGGCAAGUUACCAAGCUCAGAAUGAUUUUCCAUUCUUAAUCCAAGGGGUCAGUUCUUUGAUUAAAGCA